GUAAUAAGUGUUCCAGGUGCUUAGAAGUGCAAGUAACUUUGAAUGUUCAAAAUGUCGUCACUGAUGCGUUUAAAGAAGAUAUGGAUUUUCGUUACACUUAUUCUCGCGUUCUUUUUAUCGUUACACAUGUCCGACGUACUCGUUAAAAACGCUGAAAAAGAUCUUGAAGAAUUGAUUGAAGACGAAACUUCACCGACAGCACUAACAACAACAACAACAAUAGUAAAAGGGGGAGAAACGUCAUUAAAAGUGACAACAAAAACAACAACAAAAAAUCCAAAAACACCCAAAACAAAAAAGGCCGAAGUCGUUGAUCCGAAUACAUGCCCUCUGAUCUCCCCUCUUCUUAAAGGAGACGUAAAAAUUGACCUAUUUCCCUCAAAUAAAAAAGAUAAAUGGCCACCAAGUGAAGAUGAACUAAUAAAGUUGAUGCCCCAACUUUCAAACAAUGUUAGAAACAUCUACAAAGGGCCUUCUAAAUGCAAUUGCAGAUCAAAAACCGCUGUCAUAGUUCCCUACCGUGCAAGAACAGAGCACCUAAAGUUCUUCUUGUUUUACACUCAUCAAAUGCUACAGAGGCAACAACUUUGUUAUGUCAUAUUCGUAGUAACGCAAGAUGACCGAGAGAUUUUCAAUAAAGGUAAACUUAUGAAUGCUGGAUUCAUUGAAGCAAAGAAAUACGGGGAGUUUGAUUGUUUUAUAUUUCAUGAUGUGGAUCUAAUUGCGAUGAAUGACAAGAUAUCAUACACUUGCAAAGAUGAACAAGUCGUCCAUUAUUCUUUUGCUAUGAAGCAAUUUGACUUCAAACCGAUGUAUCUAGGUUACGUUGGGGGCGCCCUUGGAUUCACUAAACAACAGUUUGAAACUGUAAAUGGAUUUUCAAACCAAUACGUUGGCCACGGGGGAGAGGACGACGACAUGCAGAGAAGAAUUCGGGUCCGACAGAUCAAGGUUUGGGAACCAAAAGAAUCUUUUGUAAAAUACACAAAUUUACCACAUGGAAGAGACAUUGGGAAUCCAAAGAAUAAGAUGAUGACCAAACUAAUGGAAAAAGCAGCCACAAGAAUUGAUACUGAUGGAUUGAAGUCAUUUUCUGUGAAGAAAGUAACGAUAGCAAAGCACAAAACUUAUGUUGAGAUUCUUGUAACAUUAUAAAGGUGAUCUAUGAUGUCAUAGUUGUCAUUAUGUGCUAUACAAUUGGAGAUUUUGUAUGAAAUAUAACGAUAUAUAGUAUAAA